AUGUCUGCAUUUUUCGGUUUUUGCAACAAACUACAGGCAAAUACCAACGUUUUUGGUGGAAACGCAUUUGGAGCUCCUGCUUCAACACCAGCCGUAUCCGGGCAGCAGCCCACGUUUGGAGGAAGCACGGGAUUCGCUUUCGGAUCAACGGCUCCAAACGCUGCCCCAGGUUUCGGUGGGAGCGCUUUUGGGGGAUUCGGUGCACCUACCACAAGCAGUGGAACGUUCGGUGGUUUCGGUGCAACCGCUCAAUCAGCGCAGCCGCAGUCGUCUUUUUUUUCUGGGCUUAGUCAGCCAGCCCAGCCAUCGGGCGGCUUCUUCAGUGGUACCCAAACGACAGGAGGAACGUUCUUCGGAGCGCAACCAACUCAGCCAAAUGUGUUUGGCGCUCAACCCGCCCCAGGUGGGCCCAUGUCGGAAGCAGAGUAUGCCGCUCGCUUGGCUACGUGCAUCCAAAGUCCCUUUAUCUUCGGAGAUGACCGGGAUCCGAUCAUAGCUAAAUACAAUUCCGUUUUGGCUACCAUCGGCUGUGGGAAGGCUUUUCAUAGUCAAGGGCAGACUCUGGAGAUUGCGCCUGACAAUGCGUUUUGCAAGUGGAAGUGUGUUGUUUACAUGCCUAAGCGGGAUCCGGGAAGUAAUGAAGGCGUCAUCCGGAUGAUCUUUAACAAGACGGAUACCGAAGUGUACGAAGUCAGAAGGGAAUUGGCGGAGCUGUUACAUAAGCUUUUAGGAGAUCUGCCGAAUGUUCAAGUGGAAAUCGACGGCGUUGCUCCUCUUCCAGAUAAUAAAUGUGAACUAUUAUUCCAUGUCCUAGAACGACAAAAUGACGGAAAUAUACGUCGCACCCCUGCUUCGGAAUUGUUUUCAUUCCUCAUGCAGCCUGCACAAAGAGCACAUUUGCAAAGUAUGCUCGUAGAGGAUGUUCAGGCCAAGGUCGCUCACACUAAAGAAAUGGAAAAGCAGUAUUUGGAAAAAGUUCCCCCUGGUCUCAGCUCAUACAUGUGGUACCAAGCACAAAAGGAUAAUCCUGAUCCGGAGAAUCUCUUUCCUGUGCCCAUCGUCGGAUUCAACGAGAUGUACGACCAACUGAAGAAGGAACACGCGCUGGCUGCACUGUGCAAGGAAAAAUCCACACUCAUCGAAAAUGAUCUCCGACAGCUUGAGAGCAAAGCCGAGACAAACAAACAGUUGUCUUCCAGUUAUCGUGAUAAGUUGGAUAAAUUUGUAUUGCGUCAAUUGCGUAUUGCGAGCAAUCAGCCUACCAUCGCGCGGAUAGGUCAGCCUCUUUCCAAAUUUGAAACCGAUCUUUUCGAUCAAGUGUCACAAAUGAAGGCAUCGAUGGAAGCACCUGAAAGGAAUUUGAAGAAUCGAGCUCAAGAACUGGCAACCAAUAUUCAGCUGCACGAUCGAUAUUUGACGGAGAGAGCAAAACGCCAGCCGCGCAUCGACACCAGAAGCCUGAGCGAGACGGAGAAAGACGACAUGGCUAAAGCCUGUGAUUUGCUUUUUAAUGUUCUAGAUGCCUGUAAAGAAAGAAUCAAGGAAGAAAAGGAUAUGUUACUCAAGCUCUUGUCGGAAGAAAGCGACUCCAUGUCUGUUAACUGAAAACAUUGCUUUUACGGAUGAAUAUUGCUGCGACUUGUUUUACUGUGUUGAAACAGUUCUUCUUCAGAUUAGGAACUUGUUUUGGGUUGAUCGAUAAAUUUUUAAUCUUUCGUUCUUCGAACGCUGCUUCUGAAUCACCAAAAAAACGUUACCGAUGGACA